AUGAUAGCUAAAGCAGCUAAUGAUGUGAAUAAAAACUUGGCCAAACAAGCUUUGAUAAUCCUGUCUUCCUUUGCUUCAUCAAUACCAAAAUCAGACGCUGUGAAUUACAUAAAGUAUGUUGAACCUCCUAUUUUACUCUGUUUUGGUGAUUCAAAAGUUCAAAUACGUGAGGCAGCUGUAACUGCACUUAGCUCUUGGCAAAGUCGAGUUCCCAUUUUAUCAGUAUUUGAAAAUGACAUGUUAGCUGACGCCUUAAAGAUGGAAAAUCCAUUUUUACGAGCCGAAUUACUACGUUGGCUUCAAGAUGUUCUCUCACCUAUGCCAUUAAACGCCCUGCGGAAAAACGCUUCAGAAAUAACAGAGAAUCUAAUACCUCAGGUAUUUGCUUCUCUUGAAGAUCGUAAUGUUGAAGCUCGUAAACAAGCCCAACUAGUUCUUCCUUCAUUAAUACAAGUUUUUGGCUGGGAACCUAUCUUAAAGUCGACCAAUCGUUUGAAGCCCACCUCAAAGGAUUCAAUUAUGCCUCAUUUGGAGAAAGCUCGUGAAACGGUACGUGUAGGUAAUGGAGCACCUCCACAACCUUCCUCAAAUGCCCCAGCUACUACUCCAGAAAAUAGCGAGGAAUCUGAAAAUGCUACGCAAUCUUCAGGCAAUACCUCAAAGUCUGUUUCCGAUACGAAGAAAAAGGCUGAUAGUAAAAAGUCUAUCAACACGUCUAAAAAGUCAGAAAAAACGCAAGCUUUUAAAAUGGGAUUUCGAUGCUCCAACAAAAGACACAUACAACAAUUAAGUACAUUAUUCACUGCAGCUGGAACCGCUCCUGAAUUUCAUGCACUUUUAUUUCAUACCGACUUUAAACAACACAUUAAGGCGAUUGAACAGCUUUCUCAAUUACUAGAUACCACUGAAGGCUGUGAGGCUACUGUAAUAAAUGUAGAUAUUAUCUUGAGAUGGAUUGUUCUACGAUUCUUUGAAACAAAUCCAGUUGUUUUAGGCAGAUGUAUGGAUUAUCUAACAAAAUUAUUCGUUUUUAUGUCAGAGUCUGGAGCAAAUCUUUCUGAACACGAAGGUGGUUCAUUUCUUCCUUAUUUGGUAAUGAAAGUGGGUGAACCUAAAGAUAUAAUUCGACAGAAUAUUCGAGGAAUAUUGAAACUUGUGGUUAAUCUCUAUCCACCCAGUCGUCUAUUCACAUUUCUCACUAAUGGGACUAAGGCUAAAACAGUAAAACAAGACAAGAGUGCUUGGAUGAGAUGGGUUCUCUGA